UUAUCAAUUUCUUUUUGGUAAUUUCAGUGCUCGCACCCAUAUACUGCCGCCGCGGCACCCCCCUCUCUCUCUUCAUCUCUCUCCUCUAUCCGCUAAAAAAAAUACUAGAGCGAAAAAAGAAAACAAAAUUUGAGGAAGCAUCUGGAGACAGAGCAGGCCGAGGGGCGGAGCGAGCAAGACCUUCCUUUCCCUGCGCGGCGGCGGCGGCGGCGGCGUCUCGAAGCCACUGCGCUGAUAAGAUCCGGUUCUUCCCCCCGUUUGCUUGUUUGUUCCUGGAGCCGACGCAGAGCAGUCGGUUUCGUCGGGUUGAGGUUCUGAUCCACAGCUCUUUGUUCGGGAAGGAUUUGAUCAAGAAUUGGGGAUCUUGAGUUGAAUAUGAUAUCAAAUCCGGUGGAUUGGUACAGUUUCGGACCCGGAUAGAAUUUGUAGGGAUGCCAGAUUGGAGGGUGGGCGAGUUUGAAGGUAAUUUCAAGGAUGAGUUUGCCCGGAGUAAUAACAAUAACAGCGAACAUGAAAUUGGAAUUGAAUCUCCUAGUAUAACUAGUAGUAAGAAGUUGAAGAAUGCGUUUGCUAGUGAGAAAAGCCACCAAGGUGUCAUCUCUGGAGCAAAUAACUCUGAUUCACAGAAAUUUAAUUCAGAGCACAUCCAAUCUGCCAAUGGGAUAGUAUCCCAGGAUAUAAACAGUACCAGUGACUGCAUAGGAGAAUGCAAAGAUAGCUCAAAUGCCUUUCCAUUGAGAGAAGAAAAUACAAUUGCUGAAACCAGAUGUCCAACAGAUAAUUGGAACACCUGUCAGUUUGCUCUGAGCAAUGGUUCGCCCAUUCUUAAUAACCAUAGUGCUCCUGAAGGUAGCCUCAGUUAUGGGGAUAAUGAUCUAAACUACAUCGAUUGGCCUGGCAUAGACAAUUUUGAGGAUGUCGACACAUUAUUCAGGAGGUGUGAUGCCACAUAUGGUCAGAAGCAGCUGGAGAACACAGAUGACCUAUCUUGGAUUCCUUCUUCAGAUGCCGUUUAUUCUUCUGAUGUUGCUCUGCAGCAAGGGUUUGACACCUCAUAUUCAGAUUAUGGUAUUCUGGAUGACCUCUCAGCAUUCCAUUGUGCAGAAGAUAAAUCAUUACCCUCGGUUGAUCCUUCAGCUGCUCUAUGUGACAAGCAAUUCAAUGACACUUACCUGUUCAGUGAGCAAAAGAAUGUGAAUGCAUAUGGCGAAGUUUACCAAGAGGAUGUGAUGGAGUUGUUGCCCACUGACCAGAUAUGCAAUGGACAUGGAAACUUUGAUAUGGUUGGAAGUCAAUAUUCAUCAGAAAACGCCACUCAAGUUAUUGAAGACAAGAAAUUUUCUAUAGCUUCAGCUUCUCAGCUGAGUACCUCUCAGGAUUUACUGAAGCAAAGGCACCACUUAGAUUCCAGUUCACCAAGCAACAUUACUUCUGAGUCCUAUGCAGAAAGAAAUUGUCAGUUUAGUCCAUCUGGUGCUUCUUUUGCACAGAGGAACUCAAAGGUGCAGACGAAAGUUGUAAACAUACAACCGAGACAGCCCACAAGUGAUAAUGUGUUGAACGGACAUCCUCAAGCAUUGACAAGAAGAGCGUCAUAUCCUUGUGAGAAUUAUGAAACUGAAAAAAGGGGGUUAGGGAAAAGAACUUUGGGGGAUCCUCAAGUUACAAUGGGUAGUUCAAUGGUAGUGGAUGGCUCAUCUAUGUCCUCUGAUAACUCAGUUGAAGAAAGCAGCUUUCGGCAACUUCAGGAUGCUGUUAGUCAGCUGGAUGUCCAAACUAAAUUGUGCAUUAGAGAUGGUUUAUACCGCCUGGCACGAAGCGCACAACAUAGGCAAGUUUUUCCAAAUACGACGAACAGCAAUGGAGAUAGCCAGGAUGCAAAGGAUAUGCAAAAUGCAGAAACUUCACGCAAGUUUGUCGAUCCUCGGAGCAUUGAGACACAGACAAACCCAAUUGAUCGGUCUAUAGCUCUGUUACUUUUCCAUCAGUCGUUGGACCAUGUGGCUGGAGCUGUGGAUGAUUCCUCAUCACUGAAAUCCCAUAAAAAGCAACACCUGGGCCCUGCUAAAAACCAAGGUGUCGUACCAGCUUCAUCUAUAUAUUCCCCAAGAGGACAGGGUGGAUCCAAGGAUGCAAAAUCUCGGGACAAUUACUGAAUAUAUAUAUAUAUAUAUAUAUAUGACGUGGAGCUUCCAACGUUGUGAUUGUUCGUAGUGUACUAUUGUUGCAGACGUAUGGAAGCGCACAAUUACAGGAUGUUGCUUCGUUAUGAUCUGAAUUUGCAGUUUAGUAGCUGUCAAGAACUCAAGCUUAGUGUGUACCAUAUAGUCUUUAGUCAGCUCCAAUUAGAUUGGUUUUGACGUGCUUGUACCCUAUAGUGAAGGUCCUCAUGACAGAUGUGCUCCAUGUGGUGUUCUGACUCACAUUUCGUGUAAUCUCAAGACAUAUAUUUUGUCAGAGGUUUCUCUAUUUGGAGUUGCGCAAA